AAUGAAAGAAGGGGGGAGGGAGGGAGAGAAGGAGCCCGAGGCAGACACGGAGCGAUCUCUGCAGAGGAAUUACAAAGCAAGUCAUUUAAGCUCCUUUCCAGACCAGCUCAGCUGGGAGGAUGCAGAAAUAAAUGAUCAGCGUCCCGGCCGGAGAGAGCUGCCCCAAGAAGUGGCCGCGGGAGAAAAGGGUGAAAAGGGGCAAAGCUUAGGAGGCGAUUUCCACGGAAAUGGACGCUCCCUAAGGAUGUGGGGAAAGGGGGUGGGAAUGUGCGGAUUGGGGGCGGGGGCACCAACGCACUCCGGCGGGCAAGCGGUCUCCCGCAACACCUGCUGCAAGGCUCGGGAAGGAAGGCGAAGAUAGCACCGGGGCAUCCCCGGGAGUACGCAAGGCUUUGCGCUGCAAAUCCAGUGCUACCAGUGUGAAGAAUUCCAGCUGAACAACGACUGCUCCUCCCCUGAGUUCAUCGUGAAUUGCACGGUGAACGUUCAAGACAUGUGUCAGAAAGAAGUGAUGGAGCAAAGUGCCGGGAUCAUGUACCGCAAAUCCUGUGCAUCAUCAGCGGCUUGUCUCAUCGCCUCUGCCGGGUACCAGUCCUUCUGCUCGCCAGGGAAACUGAACUCAGUGUGCAUCAGCUGCUGCAACACCCCUCUUUGCAACGGGCCAAGGCCCAAGAAACGGGGAAGUUCUGCCUCGGCCCUCAGGCCAGGGCUCCCCACCACGAUCCUGCUCCUCAAAUUAGCCCUCUUCUCGGCACACUGCUGAAGCUGAAGGAGAUGCCACCCCCUCCUGCAUUGUUCUUCCAGCCCUCGCCCCCAACCCCCCACCUCCCUGAGUUUCUUCUGGGUGUCCUUUUAUUCUGGGUAGGGAGCGGGAGUCCAUGUUAUUUGUUCCUGUGCAAAUAAUGAGGCAGUGUAAAGCAUUCUGAAUAAAUUCAGUCUGGCUGAAUUUUCAGUAUGUACUUCAAGGAAGGAGGUGGAGUGAAAGUUCACCCCCAUGUCUGUGUAACCAGAGUCAAGGCCAUGCUGGCAGAGUCAGCCCUUAGAAGUCACGGAGGUGGGCAUCUGCCUUUGCAAAGCCUCCAGUGUCCAUUGCAUCCCUGAUGGGGGCAUCGUUUGAGACUGCAGAGUGAGGGUGAUGUUUUCUUGGGGGAGGAGGGCCGGUUCCCACUCAAGGCUCCCUCGCUUGGCAUUCAAACUUCAUGCUCUUGAAAACCAUUCUCUGCAGCAGAAUUGGCUGGUUUCGCGCCUGAGUUGGGCUCUAGUGACUCGAGACUCAAUGGCUGGGACUGAGACUGGGGUUCGGCCUCACUCUGAAAAGUGCUUAAGAAAACCUUCUUAGUUCUCCUUGCAGAGGACUGGCGCCGAGACGCGACGAAGAGCAGUGGGCGCUGCACAAAGCGGGCGCUGUCCGUGGAGGAGUGUGCGUGGGCACGUAGGCGCUUCUCGUGGUUGGCGUGCUGCAGCGACAGGCGGCAGCACAGCACCUGCACGAACACCCGCCGAAACUGCUGCGAGGACACCGUGUACAGGAGCGGGUUGAUGACCGAGCUGAGGUAGAAGAACGUGUCUGAGAAGGGGAGGAGGAUCAUGUACGCCCGGAAGUAGGACCUCGUCCAGUCAUGCUUGGGUUUGGCUGCAGCCAUGAUCCUCCGAAUCUGGUUGGGCAUCCAGCAUAUGGCCAAUGUCACAACAAUCAGCCCUGGGCAGACACGAGCAGGAGGGAGAGACAGAAAAGAGAAAAAUACAGCAUGAGAACACAGUAAAUAAAUAAAUAAAACCAUAAAAUAUUUAGCCCCUCUGUUCUGUGCUUACUGGCCAGGAAAUGGUACCAAUUUUUUCAGUGUUGGACCUGACAGCUUUUGCCAGAAGCAAGAGAGAAUUUAACACUGUUUCAAACCCGGGGGAGUUGACUGUGUUAAAGACCAUUAAAUGCUUUAGACAGUGUA